CAGAUCAUGGAACGAACUUUGACGAAGAAGGAUCAGAAACAACUGAACAAAUGGAUGAACGGAAUGAAAGCCUUUGAACUUCUGUACAAGGCUUCCCGUGAUGGUUGUUCCAACACCGCCUUCCACCAGAAGUGUGACAACAAGGGGCCUACAGUCACAGUCUUCUAUAACACGUCGGACUGCGUGUUUGGUGGCUACACCGCGGUCAGCUGGGACUCUGCUAAUGCCUACAGGGUCGACCCGACAGCAUUCCUGUUCCGUUUGUACUUCAAAGGUUCCAGCAGCCCUAAAAAAUACCCAGCAAUAAACGGCACCAAUGCAAUUUACGGACACGCGACCUAUGGCCCUACUUUCGGGGGUGGUCCUGACGUUUACAGUUUCAACGGUACUGUGGCCUUGAGCGGUGCAUCCUUCCCACUCAACGGUUCUUUGGCUCCUGGUGCAAGCUACGCCAUGGCGGGAGACAAUGCCACAUCACUGGCCUGUUCCAGUCUCGUCUGCUACGACGUGGAAGUCUACAGUGUGAAAGAUGGAAGCAUUAUCAACGACGACCCAUGGAGACAACUGACAGAAUCUAAACCAAAGGUUCUGAAAUCUGAGAUCGAAACAUAUUCCCCAAUCGAGGGGGUGAAGGCAGGACGAGUCAACAUUCUAUUGGUCGGGGCGGUAGGAGCCGGUAAGUCCAGCUACUUCAACACCAUGAACUCGAUCUUCAGAGGUCACGUGACUAGUCAAGCCUGCAGCGGAAGUGCCGAACACAGUCUUACGACACAUUAUCGGAAGUACAAAGUCCGGUCCUCCGAGACGGGUAAACCACUCAAGUUCCGCCUGUGUGACACACGAGGCCUAGAGGAAGCCCAAGGAAUGGACGCGACUGACGUGGUUGCCAUAUUGGAUGGACACCUUCCUGACAAGUAUAUGUUUAACCCAGCUGUGUCAAUUUCGCCUGACACCCCUGGAUACAACAAGUCCCCUGUAACACAGGACAAGAUACACUGUGUGGCAUUCGUCAUGGACGGCUGUUCCGUAGACGUGUUCCCAGACAAAAUUCUGCAGAAUAUGAAAGCUAUACAACAGAAAGCUAAUCAGAGAGGUAUACCACAAGUGGUCAUCUUGACCAAGGUGGAUAAGGCCUGUCCAUAUGUUGAAGAGGAUCCGGGGACCCUGUUCUACAGCUCUGCAGUCAGUGAACUGGUGGAACAAGUGUCCCAACUCAUUGGUCUGCCCCGUGCCCACGUUCUGCCCGUGAAGAACUACGAGAAGGAAAUGGAGCUGGUGGAUAACGUGGAUGUCCCUGCUUUGAUCAGCCUCCGUCAGAUGCUGAGAUUCGCUGAUGACUAUCUCUACAACUUCCUGGAUGAGGAGGACGAUUAGAACUUAUUGAUGUCUUUGUUCAACGCAGGGUAGGAGGAGGGUGAUGGGGACCAUGUGGAGAAACACACUGAACACAGUUAAGAUGAGCAAUUGCUAAUCAUGACAGGCGGUAAAUAUGCAAUGAUAAUAUGAAAAUGGAGUAUCCAGGCAUUAUACCAUCAACUGAUUUAGGAAAGAAACCCAACCCGUCACACCUUGGGUGUUCCUGGAGAAAGGGCUGUGUGUCCAACUUCACCUCUCCUCUGCUGACAGAUUGGGACGAUGGGAUGGCUUCACCGAAGUCUCUUUGAAUCGUUGAUCCAUCGUUGAACCAUCGAACUGAGCAACCGAAAAGUUGCUAAGACAUGCGAUAAGGCAAUCUACUCUGUUGUUACUUUUUGUUAUAUCUUGCUUAUGAUAUUGGUUUGUGGUUAGCUAUAAAAUACGGUUCGACUGGCUAUUGAUGUUUAGUUUCAGAGAGGGCUACAGUAUUCAUAAAGUACAGAAAACUCUACAAGUACUUAUAAAUAUGUCCAAUGUUUUGUGCAAAACGGAUGUGUGGAAUGUGGUGUAUGAUAUAAAUUGGAACAUGUUCCGACAAAUGAACUACACGUUUUCAAUGUAACACAAAUAAAGAGAUGUCUGAUAAGAAGUGUUGGAUGGGCCCUUCAUUCGAACACUUGGUGUCAUGAUCAGUACUAUAGUCUCUAAAUUAAAUGUAAAAAGGUGG